AUGACAGGCAUCGAUCUGUCAAGCAACUCUCUCUCUGGUGAAGUUCCUUCAGGGCUGACAAAACUUGAAGGUCUACGGUUCCUAAACCUGUCAAGAAAUCGUUUCUCCGGCUGUAUCCCGGAAGACAUUGGAGGUUUCAAGAAUUUGGAGUCUCUUGAUUUAUCUUGGAAUGAACUCUCCGGCUCCAUCCCUCCAAGCAUCUCGCAGCUGAUGUCUCUUGAUUCGCUCAAUCUGUCCAACCAUCUAUCAGGUGAGAUACCAGCUGGUUAUCAACUCCAAACACUCACCGAUCCCUCGAUUUAUAGCAGCAACUUUGGGCUCUGUGGUUUCCCACUGAACAUAGUAUGUUCAAAUGGUUCAAAUUCUGCAACGAAGUUCAGUAGAAACCACCAAGAGCUUGAAGCUCUAAGCUGGUAUUACUCCAUAUUAGCUGGGCUGGCAUUUGGACUUUGGUUAUGGUUCGGAGCACUGUUUUUCUUUAAACCUUCGAGUGUUGCAAUCUUCAGCCGUGUCGAUAAAAUCUGA